AUGGCCGCCAGAGUAUCAAACCGCCUUUUUUCACAUAAAUUAAAUGAAGUUCCAGUCCAUUUACAAACGCCUACAUUCGCAUUGAAAUGGUGUGAAGAGAUAAAAAAGCCUCCAGCAGUUCCAAUCAUCGUCAAUUUAUCUAUAGAUUCAAAAGGUUUUUAUCUAAUAUGCGUGAAUAGAGUCAAAAAAGAAGUCGAAUGUUUUGACCUUGCAUUAAUUCAUGAUACACGUACAGGUUCACAAGUUUCCCUUCCUCAAGGUGGUGUAGAAUAUUUUGAUCAAAAUCAUAUUGGCCUACUCGAUGUUCCAGUUACAUCGAAAUGGCUUACAAUUUAUUAUGGAAAUACAUUUGUUGCUUCUGAAUUACGCAUAGUUCAUUUUUAUUUUGAAUCACCAAGUCUUGCUCGAGAAUGGACUGAAAAAUUAUUUCAAUUGGGACACAAUCAAAUUUUGAGAAAUUUAUCCAGUUUAGAUUGUCUUGAAAAAAUUCAUUCAAAGAUCAUUCAUGGUUUAAUUGAUUUAGAUAAAAGAAAGAUUCCUGUUCGAAAUUUAGUUCAAUUUUUAUGUAAAAAUAAUCGUGAUUCAUCUAAAGUAAGAGAAAUACAUCAGAGAUUAGAAUCUUUAAAAUUAAAUAUAAUCGAUUCUACGAUUGAUCCAAAUGAAUUUACUUUCAAUAAAUUUUUUUCUUUAUAUAUGAAUUUGAUUCAAUGUCAUGAAAUUGAAAAGUUAUUCAAUGCAAUAGGUGGAAUAGAUUGCCAGUAUCUUAAUGUGGAAAACGUGAAAGUGUUUUUGAAAAAGCAAAAAGAAACACUUAAUGAUGCAACUGAAAUGGAUCUUUAUGAAAUAAAAGCAAACGAUGUAAUUAAAAAAUAUUCCGAACACGACGAAUAUGAGAGAGAAAAAGGAAUGUCUAAUGAAUCAUUUCUACGAUAUUUACUCAGCUUUGAUAAUUUAAUUGUUGAUCCAAAAAAAUUCGAUCUCUGUAUGAAUAUGGAUAAACCUUUAGCACAUUAUUUUAUUUCGUCAUCUCAUAAUACAUACCUGACAGGGUAUCAAUGGACUGGACGUUCAAGUAUUGAGAUGUAUCGACAAGUAUUAUUAACUGGAUGUCGAUGUAUUGAAUUGGAUGUACUUGAUUCGGAAAAGAAAAGUGAUGAACCUGAAAUAAAACAUAAAAAUACACCGGUUAAGCCUGUACUCUUUAUUGAAGUGAUUGUUGCUAUUAAAGAAUAUGCUUUUAAAGUGACUCCAUAUCCAUUAGUACUAUCAAUCGAGAAUCAUUGCAGUGCUAAAACUCAAGCUAAAAUGGCUCAAUACUUCGUUGAUGUAUUCGGUAAAAAUCUUAUAACUGAACCACUUAAAACUCAUCCAUGUGAUGGAAACUAUCCAUUACCAAGUCCAAAUGAUUUGAAAUAUAAAAUUUUAAUUAAAAAUAAAAAAAUCAGUACCAACUCACCUUCACCAGUUAGCAAUAACAAUAAUCAUCAAAUAGGUAAUCAAACACCAGAUGCAAUAUCAGCAACUACUAGUAGUGAUACAAGUAGUGAUAUAGGUAAGCUGCGCUGUCAUCAACAAUUACUGAAUGCAAGUCCUCGUCAUUGUUUUCUUAAUAAUGAUCCUGAUGAAUUGGCAGAAUGUACAGAUGUUAAUGAAAAAAAUUCAAGCGAAAAUCCCCCAUCCGACGGUGAUACCAUUUGUGAAUCUAAGGCAACAAAAGCUAUGUCGGACCUGGUUCAUUAUCUAGUACCGGUAUCAUUUAAAAGCUUAGCAAAAGCAGAACAACUUAGUAAGAGCUUUGAAAUGUCAUCAUUUUCUGAAGAUAGAGCGUUAAGUUUAAUUCGUGAACAAGCAAAAGAAUUUGUUGCUUAUAAUCAACGACAAAUAAGCCGAAUAUAUCCACGUGGUACACGUUUAGAAUCAAGCAAUUAUAAUCCAUAUAUGUAUUGGCUUGUUGGAUGUCAAAUGUGUGCAUUGAAUUAUCAAACAUUAGAUGUGCCGAUGCAACUUAAUUUAGGUUUAUUUUCAUUCAACAACGCUUGUGGUUAUAUAGAAAAACCACCAACAUUAUGCCAGUUAAAAAAUUCUUUUGAUCCAAAAGCUCGAACGAACGUUGAAAACGUUGCUGGUUAUGAAAUCGACAUAAAAGUUAUAUCUGGUCAAUUCUUGUGUCAAGAUCGUGAGCCAACCUUUGUUGAUGUUCAACUGUAUGGAAUGUAUGGUGAUAUGAAUAAAAGACAUGAAUUUCUUGUGCGUUCGAAACACUGGAAUGGUUUUCAAGCUAUUUAUGAUAAUACUAGUACCGAUUCGAAUAAAUACCCUAUUAGAUUUCCAAACGUUAGUUUACCGGACAUGGCUGGACUUCGUUUUGCUGUCUCAAGUGAAGAUGGAACAUUUAUUGGACAAAGCUUUAUACCUAUUGCUCAUAUACAACCUGGCUAUCGUUAUGUUGUAUUACGAAAUCAAAUGAAUAUACCUAUUAAUGCAUCAAGUUUAUUCAUAUUUAUUCGAAUAAAUAUUCAUAUUAAACCUGAAGAUCAAGAAAUUGCAAAGAAACUUGUUCAACCACUUACGAAUCAACCUAUACAUAAAAAUAAAUUAGAACAAGAUUUAAAUAAACAGACUUCUUGUGAGGAUAUCGUUCCGACACUAUUAGUACGAAAUCAUAGUUCAACAUCGAUGGAAUCAGCAGUUAUAUUUAGAGAACAAACUGAAAAAAUUUCAACUAAUGAAACAAAAAUGUAUGAAAAACAUUUAGUUCCUGCUAGUAGAUUGCAUGACAGAAAAACUUUAUGCAAAGUACUUUCAUUACAUGAUAUUUUAACAAAAGAAAUUAUCAAAGGGGAUCGAAAUAUGGAAAGCAAAUUACGGCGUGUAUCAGUUGAUUUUCACAAGAAAAUUGAAAAACAAGAAGCUCGUUUUCAACAAUGUCUUAAUCUUCAGCAUGAUCAAGCAUAUUCUCAUGGGGAAAGACCUCGAACGGCAAGCGUUAUUCAAGGAAAAGAUGUUAAAGAAUCUGAAGAAACUUUACUUGAACUUUAUUCAACAAAAUUUCAUCUACAAGAAGAAUUAGAAUGUAAAAAUUUCAAUGAAUAUUAUAAAGCAGUAGAUGGCAAAAUAAAAGCUGAUUACAAUAAACAAAUGCGUCAAAUUGAUAAUAUUCUUCAAGAAGAAAAAAAUCGUGUAAAUGAAGAAGUUAAAUUACAAAAGAAGAAAGAAGAGAUUGAGAUUGAAAAAACAGAAAACAAUCGAGAUAAGGUUUUAAAAUUGAAAGGAGAAAGUGUUCAAUCAAAUUCCAAAGCUAGCGCAUGCCUUAUUCAAAAGCUUGAAUUAAUGCAUGAAGAAGUAAAAGAUAUACUUACAAGAAAUUUAAAAACAAAUCUCAAUGAAAUUGAAGAGUACAAAUGCAUGGAACUGCAAAAAUGUCUUGAAAAAUAUUAUAAUCGAUUCGAGAGGGUUCAAUAUAAAUUACAACAAUGGAUGAAGGCUGCUGAAGCUGCUCUACUAACUGGUAGUUCAUUAUUCCCACAUAAUUCCAGAAUGAAAAUAAGUACUUCAUUAUGCGCGCUUUCCUAUCCUUCAGAAGAAGUUACCAAAACAAACUCUGAACCAUGA